AUGUUAUUGGGCCACGGACCAAAUCCGAUUACGGCAUACCUUGCGCAUCUUUCGGCCGUUCCGCUUGGAAUUUAUAAGACAGGUUACAGCACUUCUGCAGACACCCAGGCGUCUACUUUUUCAAGACAUUCGCAGCAUUCGCAGAGUGCAGAUUGUGGCACAGAAGCUGCAUUUCACUCCACGAAAAGCGUAGAAGCGGAGCAUUUUGAAACACCUCACGGCCUCAAGUACUCUGAGGAAGAGGGUUACAAUCCUCAGCCACUAAGGACUCACCUAACGUUUUCGAGUUUGUCAUCAGCGGUUCAUUCUGGAGACGCUAGCAGUCAGAGCAAGGCGAGCUGCUCUUCUACUGCUCGAACUGAUCCCGUCAUUGACAACAUUUCACCAGAUCUUUGGCGGAAGAUCUCUCGCAUCAGUGCACUGUUGCAAAACGUCGCACUUUCUAUGUCCCAGGCAAGGAGUUCCCCAGAGAGCAGCAGAUUUAUGUCGCGGCUAUCUGAAAGCAACGCAGCUAGCUCCAAAUUUUACACGUCCCUUGGAAGCUUUAGUACAAGCACGCGUGACUUUGAUCUGAAGCAGAUUGCCAGCAUGCUGAGCGAGGUGAUUGAUAGCAGCCUUCAAAACGGAAGAUCCGACGGUGCAUCUCCCUCCGAUCCUGAACUAAAUCGGGAGAUAGAUGAGUUGGUGGCACAAUAUAACGACAUGGCCUCGCUUGCUAUCUCUUUGGGAUCAGAGGCUCCUCUUAUAUCCACUACAGCAUCUGUGAAGCAAAGUUCCCCUGAAUAG